UGUCAGUUCGAGUGCAAGCUUUUUUCGAGCGGUAAACAAUUCGAGCGGAUGAUACAUGAUCCAACGCUCUCGUCACACGCUCGAGUGUUUGGUAGGACAUGAGACUUGGCGCAAUAUUUUGUUCUGCUUCUGGGCGUAAAUAAACAAUUAUUAUUUCCUUGGGAUUAGGAAUUUACAAGCUGUUUUUGAAAGGAUAUUGGAUAUUAGCGCCAAUUGAUUGCAAGAGGAUAAAGGAUGAGUGGUUCAAACUCGGAUUAUUUAAUGGCGACAGAAGAAAAUCUUGUUGUAUCAAAUCCACAUCUACAUGUGGAAAGACAGACAGAUGUCUCUUGUGCUAGUGAUGUCAGAGAACCAAGUAUAAAAAGAGAUCCUGAUGAAAGAGUUGAGGAAAGAAUAUCAGAACAGAGUUUGUUGACCUCUAUGGAAAAUCAGAGGACAGAUUUUGCCUGUUCAAAAAUGGUUCUAACAGAUAUUCCUUCACUUGUUGACAGUGAUAAAAAUAAAAAUCACUCGGAUAUGAACAAUGAAAGUUCAGAAAAAGAUGAUAUUAAUGAUUUCGCAAGUGAUGACGAUUCACAUGAAACACUUAGUAAAUCUUCAGAGAAUAUGUCAAACAUAUCAACUGAAAGUGUAAACCGUUCCUCAUGCAAAAGAAAAUUUAAGCAGAUGAAACAUCACAGAAAAAAGAAAAAAAGGAAGUUAAAAUCUGGAAAUAUAGAUGAAAAAGGUGAUAACAAUCAGCCUUCAUAUUCCUUAUACAAAAAUGUAGACAAGAAGAAGCCAAAUACAUCGAAACCUGUUAAGAUACCAUUUCGAUUCUCUCCAAAAAAAUCCUGCUCUGGUUCCCGGUUUAAGCGAAAGCUGUUGGACAGCAAACGCAAAAAGUUGAGAUUUAAAAGAAGGAAAGUGGAAGGGGAGAGUGACUCAAGUGAUGAUGAAAGUGGUUUUGGUGUCAACGAUGAACUUGAGGAGAUGUUGGAAAGCAAUGCUGUGAAGAAUAACCUCACAGCUAUCAAUGUCAAAAGUAUAUUGCAUCAUGUGAUUACUAAUGAACAUGUUCUUGCAAUGGUGAGGAACACGAUGCUGGAAGAAGAGAAGAAAGAACCAUCAGGAAAUGCUCAAGAUGAGGUGGAAGGAGAAGGGAUGAAUGAAAGUCAGGAAGCUUUGUUUGAACCAAAGAUGACAAGGUCAAAAUUGAAAGAAGUUGUCCAGCAAGCUUGGAAUGCACCUUAUGUUUGGCCUCUGUCCCCUGUGAAAGGCAAGAACGUAGUUCCUCAGUUUGCAGAACUCAACUUCCCUGAAGAUUCAGAGGAUGAUGAAGACUACCAGCCUGACCCGAAUGAGAAGGAAGAGAGUGAUCAUGAAAGUUAUGUCUCAUCCCAAAUUAGUGACUUUGGAUCACCUCUACCUUCUACACCACUGUCUCGAUACAGUUUUUUAGACAACAAGGAAGAAAGUCCCAUUAUAGCUGAGAAUAAAAGUAAAAAAAUGACAGAAGACCUUGAGAAGGCUUCAAUAUCAACUCAUCCUCAUGUAAAAGGGAAAGUGGAUCUGAUAAAACCUCUGCCGUCACAACAACAGUCUGACAAAAUAAGUGAUGAUAAUAAUUUUAUGAUGAUGCUUGAUGAGAUGGACAAGGAGUUGGACUCGAUGAAUCAGAACAAAAUUGAAAUGGAUAACAUUGCAAAAAGAACAAGAUCAAAACUAACAAUUGAAAAUUCAUUAGAUGAGAUAGAGGCAUCAUUCAUUGCUCCUGACAUUACUGCCGACAUGUAUGACUCAGAUUGUGAAGAUAAAGAGUGGAAGGAAUGGCUCAAAGAUUUAUAUAAAGAUAAGAAAGAUAAUGAGUUAAAUGAUACAUUUGAUGAUGAGCAGAAUGAUCCUGACUUCAACUUCAUGGCUAAUGAAGAAGAGGUUAUUGACACCGAAGAAACAAGAACAGACAGAGCUGUUAGAGUUAGCAAAAAGGAGUUGAAUGUACUUUUGGAUGAAUUGCUAGAAAGUUAUGGAGGUGAAACUGGUUGGAAUGAGCCUUUUGAGGUGCCACAAGUUGAUUACCACACCCAGAAGACAGUGGCAGGCAUGUUGAGCAACAAGCCUGCCAAUACCCAGGCUGUCCCUAAGGUGCCCAUCAAAGUUGUUUUGAUUGUAACACCUGAGGAACGUUUACAACUUACACAACAGAUGCAACAGCAUGUACAGCUGUUAUGCCAGAUGUAUUUGUUAGGGCGAGGUGACAAAAACUACAACAUGGAAGCAAACCAGGCUAAGAUGUUCCUGAACGAAUUAGCCAUGUUAGGUGGCAUCACCCUUCAAAAGGAAUCCAGUGAAGUUGACACAAACAACCAACCUUUUCAAUCAGACAACUCUUUCAUAGCCUCAAACUUAAGAGGUGCGCUGGAGAUCGUGAACAAUUGGAAUGAUGAGAAAAGAGAAUCCCCUACAAACUCAACAGAGAAAAGAGGCAAGAAGAAGCAGGAACAUGCUACAUGUAGCACAGAAUUAUACUACAAUUCUAAACCAGUACCAAAUGAUGCUAAGAUUGUUUUGAUGAGUAGCACUGUGUUCAUGUAUCCAGAGUUGCUGCCACAUUGUGGUUUGAAAUAUCAAGCAACAAAUAAGCCAACAUUUGUUGAUUCUGAAGAUAAUCUGAUUGUCUUAGGCUUGCAACAGUUUGACAAAUUGGAUACAAAGUUUAGAUUGAUUCAGAAACAUAUGGUACCCAGUAAAACUGUCAAGCAGAUACAGGCCAGAAUUAAAAACUUCAGCACUAAAAAAAAACAAGCAAAUUCAAUCAAGAACUUCAAGUUGCAUAAUGUCAUACCUCCCAGUAGAAACCCCUGUCAACCUGUUCUACCUGGUCAGGCGGUUGCUCCAAUAUUUCAGUUUCAAAGUAGACUGCCUGAUUGGAUGAAGAACCUUAAGAUGACUAGUCUAAUGAAGUUAGAACGGGAUCUAGAAAAAGAAAGAGAAACAGAGGAAAGGACAAAAAGAGCAGUUUUUGCUUCCCUUGAUGAAUCUACAAAUAACACAGUAGAAAUAUCAAAGUUGAAACAGACAUUAGUUCCACUCAGAAGAAGAAAGAAACAUGGUAUGGCAUUACCCAAAAUGGUAACAGGAAACUCUUUGCCUGUUGGUAUAAUACAGACUCUUAAUGGACAACAGAUUAUCCAAUUAUUACCCAACCAAAUCUUACAAAGUAAUUCAGGAGUUAUGCCAAGUUUUACUAACAUACCACCCCACCAAAUUUCAUUGGCUAAUGCUGGUCCUAUUCAAGCAGUUGUUGUUCCUCCAAACACACACACAAAAACAGAAGUAACUGCAAUUUCUGUACCAACAUCAAGUACAUUUGUCGGGAUUAACAGUGUAAUGAAUAAGAGCAUUAUUCAACAGGGAAACAGCCAAAAUACUGGCCUCGCACAAACUUCUUUGCAGUGUAUCACCAUGAGUAGUCCAAGUGUAGUGACCAGUCCUUCCAUCAUUACCCUUCAACAAGUUCCUUCUACUAAAGCAAUUGCUGUUAAUCCCAUCAAAACUACUCAAGCAUUAUCAAAUGUUUCUAGCGGCACUGGUAUAUUGCAACCAACCACAAUCGUGAUUCCCCCAAACACUCAGACACAAGAGAAAAUGCUUGUUCAACAAAGCACUGUUGUAUUGGUUCAGAACAAUGGAAAUAAUCAAAAUUCCAGUGGGAGUGAAACUCCUACUUCUAAAGAGACCCCACCAAUUAAGGAAGUGAAUCAGGAGGUUAGCAGUUCUUUCCAGAAGGCACUUGUUCCCUCUACAUCACAAAUGAUUCAAUUGAGCCCUGGGAAACAUGGACCUGUUAUUCAGUUUGGUGGAAGGAAAUCCUUGACAAAAGAUUCAAUGAAAGUAGCUAUAGGAAAAAACAUCAUGCCAAUUUGUCUUAGUAAAGGUGGUGGAGAUGGAAUUUCAGCUCUUAGAGGCUUUCAGAUUCUCCAUGCUUCACCUGAUGCACCCAUUGUUUCUGAUCAACCCCAAGAAGGAAAAUCGGAGAAAACGGCUCCAGAGAAAUCAGAACAGAGUGACGCCAGUUGUCUGACAAUUACAAACUCUGCUAAAAAUUCUGAGAAUCUAAAUAGUAAUUUGAUAGCAAAGGAUAGCAAGUGUUCUUCAUCUAUUUCGCCAACUGAACAUCACACAAAAAGUACAGGACAGCUUUCUGAGAUCACAGACGCCAAAGGUUCUAAAAUUGAUCCUGACCAUGGUCAGUGUGCUGCAGCUACCUAUGAUAGUAAUAUUCCAGUGGUGACACCAGACUCUGUGGCGAUGGAAACUGUUUCAAAAUCUGUUGAAAAUACUCAAAAAGAAGAAACUGAUUUAAAUAUCAGUAAAGAUUCUAGGAUGCUCAUGGAUGAUUCUAUCUGCCAAUACAAUGAAAAAGAUGAAGGUGAUAUAGAAGUUGAUAUUAUGACAACUGAUGAUGAUGACAUGAAUAGCAGAAAAGAGCAAAAGAAAAACGAAAAAACAACAUAUGAAGAUGAUGAAGAUAAACCAAUUGAUGAUGAUGAAGAUGAUUUUGAGUUGGAUGUUGUUGGCGUGUCUGAUUCAACAUCUUCGGCAGUUAAUGUCAAAGAUCCUACAACCAAGGAAAUCACUAAAAGUUCAACAAAACCUGAAGAUCAAGUUGAUAUUGAGGAUGGUCAAGACAACAAUCCUGAUGAGGAGCAUCCUAUGGAGUCGGUGUCAAAUGCAAUGUCUGAAGAGCAAUUGAAGGCCUCAAGAAAAGUUGCUGCCAAGAGGUUGAAAAAUAGGCUUCGAAAAGAAAUGGAAUCCACUGUUGUGCUUCUUGACCCCAACAUUGUAGAGAAUGAUCCAAAGAAAGCAGAGCGGGAUGACAUCUUUGCAAGAGCUUAUUUGAACAGAGUGAAGGAUACAUUCAAAACUCAUCCUUAUAAGUACCUUGAAUUUUUAAAGGUUCUGUCUGAUUUUCACUCUGAUGAGCUGCAUAUAUCACAAUUUUAUGAUAGUAUAAAAAAUGUGUUGGCUGGACAAGAGGAACUGAUUGAAGAUUUUACAGCAUUUCUAGAUCCAAAACAGGCAGUGGAGUGUGGUGUGCUGAUGUCACACCUUGAGUUCUCAAAAGCAAGGCUUUUUCUUCGGGAAGUAGAAGUACACUUCCAGAAGCAGUCUGGUCACUUUCAGAAGAUAUUAAAAGCCAUUGUUACUUGGGGGGAAACAGAAAACAGGACAUAUCAACAGUUAAAGGAUUUAUUACUGCCAUUACUGAAAGGACAACCACACUUGGAGCAAGAGCUUACUGGACUCUUCCCAGAUGACAAGCCUGCAGAGAACCUGAUGCCCGAUUUUGAGAUGGCUGAGUGGUCAGAAGACAAAAAGUUUGAUGGAUUUGAAGAGAUAGUGUUUCCUGACAGUGAUGAUGAGGAAAAACAUAUGAAGGGGAAAAUGAGUACAGGCAAGCUUGACAUUGUGGACCCCUGGCGGAGACUGAAUGCUGAGCUUCAGUAUGGAACCAAAAGAUGUCGUUGUAGUUGCCAUGAUCGUUCGUUGGAUUCAAGAGUACAGAAGAAAGCAAGACAUUGUGCAUAUUGUACAGCUAAGGUAUCAAGAGCUGAGCUGACCAGCUCCUUCAAGGGCAUCACAUCUGUAAAGAGUCGUGCUUCAAAGAACACCAGGAGGAAGGUGUCAAAGGCCCAAAAAGGAAGCAGACAAUUUGCAAAUAUGGUUGUAAAUGAGAAUGAGGAAGAUCAAGAUGAUAGAAAUUCAUACAGUGCUGCUGUUAGUAACUUGUCAGAGAUGUGUAGUAAUCUGGCCGAUUACCUUAAUGAGAAUGCUUGUAUGGAGAUGGAAGAGGAACCUGGGGAUGUGGAAACAGAAGAAGAAGACAUUGAAGAGAUAGAAAUUGAUGAUGAAGAGGCUGAUGAUGAGGUUCAGAAGCUGAUCGGCAAUGGCCUUGUUGCAGAGGAUGAUCCAGAGUUAAUAACUGGUGCUGAUACAGCUUCAAGUAACUCACCAGAUGCUGAUGUUUCAAGCCAGGAAAGCAAAGAAAGUAGCGAGUCUGAUGAAAGCAACUUUGCAUCUCCUCCAUCUAAGAGUCCACUGUCCCAUUCAAAUUCAUUAGUAGAUCUUCCUGAUAAAGUUAGGAGUGCAACUAAUUCACCUAUUAGAUAUUCAUUUGAGGACACUAAAACAGAGAAUAUAGUUACAAGAAUAACACACAUCCCAAAAGGAAGGGAAGAGAACGAUAUUGAUAUUAAACAAAUUUGUGCAAUUUCAGAAGUUGAACAUUAUCCCACUGGUGAAAAUACAUUUACAGGAACUAGUAUUGUUAAUGACAUUAAAGGAGGUGAUCUAGAUGUAAGAUCAAGUAUUGCUACUGAUCCUCAUUUGGUAUCUGGUGGAACUGAAGUACAUCGUGACAGCAGUGAUAAUAUAUCUGAAAGCAAUGUGAUUAGCAGUAAUCCAGAUAGUAGUUUCAUUAUCAGACAUAAUGAUGGUGACAAUGAUGAAGUCAUUCAACCCAGUUCUUCAUUGGAGAAAGACAUUAAUCAAAUAAAUUCAAUUAGAGAACAUCUUACAGGGGAGUUAAUGGAAAAUAUAGAAAAGCUUGAUGAAAAUGUAAAAAUAUGUGUAAUAGAAGUUAGUCAGUCAGAAUCAAAAGAUCGCUUGACUAAAUGUUUGAAAAAUAAAGACUUCUCGACAUCAGACGAAAAAAAGGCACCAGAAACCAGAAAAUUUGAUAAAGGUGAAAAAUCAGACAAAACAAUAUUAAUAACCAUAGAUCCUGACAAAAGUGAAGCAUUAGAAACACUGAACAAAAGAAUGAUAGAAACCAGAGAUUCUGAUAGAGGUAAAGCAUCAAAGACAUCAGAUGCAGGAACUGCAGAAACCAAAGACACUAGAAAAACUAAUGAAGGUGAAGCCGAAGAUUUAAAAUGCAAGAUGUCUGCUGACAACAUUAAGCAGACUAGUGAUGGCAAUGUCAUAAUUUCAUGGACUAGAGAUGCUGAUCGCUUGCUUUUACAAACUUGUCAAAAAAUGGACAAUAACACAUCUACUUUUGAGCUAGUAUCUCAACAGUUGGGCAACAAGAGUGUUUCUGAGGUUGAAGAUAGAUUUAACACAUUAAUGGCACUGUUUACAAAACAUCCAAAGUCCGAUGGUGAAGAAAGCGGAGAUGGUUCUGACAGCGAACACACCAGUGCAAGUGAUGUAGAUGUAUGAAGACAUCUUAUGAAAAACAAAAUAUUUUUUUUAAUUAAUAUUGGCUAAUUUUACAAUUAUUAGAUAAUUAUUCGUUAUAUUCAGUUAAUUAUUUCAGUAAUUCCUUAAAGUAAUUCCAUUUAGCUUAUAUUAUGCUGUAUAAUUGUUUUCUUAUAUAUAUUUUCAAUGUUGAUAUUCUGUAUGCCUCAUUAUAUGUGCAAUUCUGUUGUAAUUCUUUGACUUCAAUAUUGUAUUUCUGACUUUACACCUGGUUGGCUACAGCUGUAAAUAAUAUUAAUAUCACUUUAAAGUAUAUCUACCUUGCCAUGUCACUGCAGGAGAAAAGCUACUUAAUCAGAAGUAUUAGUUCAUGAAAAUUAAAUAAUGCACCGUCUCUGAAAUUUCAAAUCAAGCAUAGUUAUGGCAUUUAUUAAAUUACAGUAAAGAGAAAGGA